UCAGAAGGUCUCACCAGUCCUGGGAGCCAUGGCUCCAAUUAUCCCCUUCCGAGCGCUACUGUUGGUCUUGGUGGCAGUCCCGUCGUUUCAACAGGCGAGUGCGUUUAGCACACCUCCACCGACGACGAGUACACCCGAUAUGACGACGACUACACCUGAUAUGUCGACGAUUACACCUCCUCAUCCGACGACAACUACACUUCACACUUCUUUCGCUGAUGUAAUUCCAAUAGACAACGACCUGUUUUAUCCAUACGGACCAAACGAGGGUGAUACGGCUAACCCAGCGAAUGAUGAUGGAGGAUCUGACAUCAUUGGCAUCUCAUUUUCUUUCCCAUAUUUCAACCAUUUGCACGACUCACUAUGGGUAAACACCAAUGGAGUGAUAUCAUUCCUGGGUCAGAUAGCCCAGUAUACCCCUGACUCCUUCCCACUGGGAGAUGGCAGGCGUUUGAUAACUCCUUUCUGGGGUGAUGUGGACACGAGGAACGGAGGAUUUGUGAUGUACCGCGAAACAACCGACCCUAACAUCCUCGCACGCGCCACUACUGACAUCAGACUCACUUUCCCAUACCUUCCCAACUUCCAAGCUGCAUGGGCAUUCGUGGCGACAUGGCACGAAGUGGCUUACUUUGGAUCCGGAAGCGAGAAGAGAAACACCUUCCAGGCAGUUCUGGUUUCUAACGGAAGACAGAGCUUUACCAUUUUCAACUACGGCAACAUCACAUGGACAACGGGGACAGCCAGUGGCGGGGAUGAACUCACAGGCUUAGGAGGAACACCUGCACAGGUUGGUUUCAAUGCUGGAGACGGCAUAGUAUACUACUCCGUCAAUGGAUCUCAAACGGACGCCAUCGUUGACGUCGAGACAACAUCAAACGUCAACCUUCCGGGUCGCUGGAUCUUCCGGAUCGACAGCUACAUCGAAGAGGGCGGAUGCAAUGCUGAUGCGUCAAUCAGGCUAUGUCCCUUCUUUGGGACCAUGUUGGGUGGGACAAAGGUUGGAAUAUCAGGGCCCUGCUUUGACGAAUAUAUGGACAUCCGAUGCAAGUUUGGGGCUAAUGAUCCGGUGCCAGGAUGGGUUGAAAGCGACACGACGGCAGCCUGCAUUUCCCCCUUCCUGUCUAACCCUGGCCGGGUUCCCCUCAUGGUGUCCACGGAUGGUGGAAAUACGUACGACUACUGGGCUAUGUACACUUCAGUUCAUCCCGACAGACUUUUGCCACAAUUGAGAACCACCGAAAAUGCUGCCGAUGAGACCAUAACCAUUGAAUGGCAGCUUUCCUCCGUUGACGGGAACACAGUCAAUGUGUACCUAUACGGAUUCGAUGAAACGGCUGGGACCUGGGAUGUCGUAGCACAGUUGGGUUCUGAUGUCCCCAACACGGGCAGUUACACCCUGUCUAUCGCAGAUGGGUGGAUACCAGAGGAUGUUGCAACCGGCGCUCUGUCUAUAUCUCCUGGAAACGGAGGGACCGGCAUGCUGCUGUAUGGAGGAAUAGCUACAUACGUUAGUGUCAGAGCAACAGCAGCAGCUUCGUGCGAUGCAUGGUGCUUAGCCGAUAGUCUCCUUCCUGACUUCGUGGAACAACUGUCAAGGGAAAUCCCAUGUCCGGCUACCUUAAACCAAGCCCGGGGAGAUGUAGGUAACUUUGAGGCGGACGAGGCGUGUCUCAGGGUGCUGGACAGCAGUGCUGCUACAAACAAGAUGGCAGCCUGUUGUUGGAUGGGCCUGGAAGAGGGACACCAGAUAGGGUACACUCAGAUUCACCGCUGGGCAUGGUUCUGGGGUGAUCCUCACUUCGUUACCCUGAAUGGCGUUCCGUACACUUUCAACGGAGCUGGAGAAUUCGUCUUGCUGACUGUGAACAACGGAGAGUUUCUCGCGCAAGCUCGUAUGGAGCAGCUGUUUAGUGAUGGCUCACCUGUAGACGCCACCAUCUUCACUGCCCUGGCCAUGAAGGAAGGGUCAUCCGAAACCGUGCAGCUGCAGCUCAGUGAAGUUCGGACUAUGGAUGUUAUUGUUGAUGGCGAACUGAUGGACUUUCAGGAUCUAACCGUGCAAGAGUUUUCAGGGUUUACGGUGACCGUGGAAGAAGCCGCUGAGGCACAGAUUUCCUUCGACUCUGGCAUCGGUGUGAUAGUCAGUGCGAUGGAAGGCAUGCUCUCUAUCGCCAUGAAACUGCCAUUCCAGAUGAAAGGACAGACAUUGGGUUUGCUCGGGAAAUGGAAUGAAGAAGCCGAAGAUGAUCUGACUACCCCGAACGGAACAGUCGUGGCUGCUGACAGCAGCACGGAAGACAUACACUACUUGUUUGGACUGACUUGGAUGAUUGACGAAGCCGACUCUCUCUUCACGUAUGGACCGGGUGAAAGUUACGACAUCUUCAAGAACACAGAGUUCACUCCUACAUUUGAAUUGCCAUUAGCCUCAGCAGAAUUCCAGGCCCAGGCUGAGGAGGUGUGUGGUACUGACAACCAGGCCUGUCUGUUUGAUGUACUGACAACAGGGAGGCUGGCGGUUGCAAAUGUGUCCAUCAGAGCCAAACGGGAGUAUACGGAAGAGAUAGAAGAGUUGAUAACCUGUGGUCCACUGGACCCUCCCAAUGUUCCCGGAACUCUGAUCAUCCCCAGCUACUCGAUCGGCUCCGUUGCCACCUUCGAGUGUGAAGUGGGAGUCCUGGCCACGGCCUGGGAACGAGUCUGUCAACCAGGUGGCACCUGGAGCUACGCUCCGCCCCCAGUCUGUGAGGUGUGUGCCAGGCCCUACCAGGUCAGGUACGGGAUGUGUGUCCGAUUUGUACCACGACCGAUGAACUACCCAGCAGCAGUGGCAUACUGCCAGAAUGACCAAGCAGAGCUGCUACCCGUCCGGAACCCUGCGGUGAUCGAAGACGCGGACAGGCGUCUGCUGCGUCGUGGCCCAUGCACCCCUGGACUCUGGUCUGGUCUGACGGACGCCGAGACUGAGGGUACCUGGAUCUGGCAUGACGGGGUCGCCUACGUGUCUGGAAACAUCCCGGGCAACUCUGCCGCCGCGGACUGCGCAUAUUUGACUCGGCGGGCUGGUUUGGAACUGCGCGUUACGUCAUGUGAUAAUUCAAGGAAGACAUUUAUCUGCAAACGUUGAAAUUCUGGUUAAUUUGCCCCAAACUGAUCUUUGAAAGAAGCAUUUUGACCCUCUUUUAUAAACGUUCCAAACGCGAACGUUUCAUUGGCAUACACAACUAUUAAAUGUCGUAUCCACCAUAAACACCUACCACAACCCCUUUAGAAAUGAAGUUUGAAAUUGUCACUGUAAGUGCAUGAUGCUAUUCCUAGUACACAACUACCCAAAGCCUAACUUCUUUGCUAUACUAAGUGAAAUAUUAAGACAUUGUCAAAAUGCAUAUUUCUUCACAGACCCUUUUGACAAAAAAUGAAAAUUUUGGAAUUUACCAAUGCCAUUUAUUGCAAGGCUUUUCAAAACUCAGAUGUGACAAAUUUGAAUGGAAACAAAACAAAACAAAACAAACAAAAAUAAUCCAUUGUGCUCGAAUUGACCAAAGGCAGGGAGGGUGCUGCAUUAGCCCCAAAACUAUUCUGCUAUCUUAUGAUAAGUGAAAGGAUAGCAUUUAUUUAGCUACCACGAAUUUAUCAAUUUACCAAUUGAGUACUUUUGAAUAUUUCUUUUCGUUUCUUAUAACACUGUCAGUGUUAGCAAAACGAUAUCGGAUGCUAUCUUUUCGCCUUCUAGUUGUUUUAGAUCGACAUUUCGAAGCUACAGAUCCUAGUACUUCUGAAAUUAGACAGUGGUCAAUUUUCCUGCCUGCAAAAUUCCACACGUUUCUCAUGCAUAUAUUAGCUCGACAUGCGUGACUUUAAUUUUUGCUAGUAUGCAAAAGUAAAUGCCAUUACCAGCACAUUCUAGCCCUUGCGCCUAUCCAUACUCCUGUGUUUGCUAAUUCUGCGCGCUUUAUAUCUUCUUUUCUCACUAUUACUGAUUUCUGCUGACUUUCCGCUGAAGUUGAAGCUAAUACCUUUCUUCAUUUUAAAUGUAUCCAUAUAGCCGGCCAUAUAACCAUAUUAUCCAUAAAACCACAUUAUUCAUAUAACGAUAAUAUUAUUUAAAUAACAUAAAAGGUGGCAUAGUCAAAGGGCAACUGGUGCACAAGCAGGACUUGGGAAAUGUGGCUCAGGACAAUUUUGAGUAUCACACUAGCAUCAGAAUAUCUACCUGAACCUUGAUAAAAGACCAGUUAAUUCAUGGCUGAAAUCAUAAUUAAAGGAGUACUAACCUCCAGAAGGAGGUGCUAUAUUUUGACAGGCAUUU